GAGGUGAGGAGGAGGCACAUUCGUCUGCACAUGGAAGGGACGCUGACUGCCCGGGACAGGGUCGGCGUGCAGGACUUUGUGCUGCUGGAUGCGUACACCAGCGAGUCUGCCUUUGUGGACAAUCUUCGCAAGCGUUUCAGCGAGAACCUCAUAUAUACAUAUAUUGGGACGCUCCUUGUGUCUGUGAAUCCAUACCAAGAGCUCGGAAUCUACACUAUGAGCCAGAUGGAACUUUAUCAAGGGGUCAAUUUCUUUGAACUGCCACCACAUGUUUAUGCCAUAGCUGACAAUGCUUACCGUAUGAUGUGCUCAGAGCUAAAUAACCACUUUAUCCUCAUUUCUGGAGAGAGCGGGGCAGGGAAAACAGAGGCCUCUAAGAAGAUCCUCCAGUAUUUUGCAGUGACCUGCCCAAUGACCGAGUCACUACAAAUAGCCCGUGACAGACUGCUGCUCUCCAAUCCAGUACUGGAGGCUUUCGGAAAUGCCAAAACGCUCCGGAAUGACAACUCCAGCAGAUUUGGAAAAUACAUGGACAUACAGUUUGACUUUCAGGGCAUUCCCGUAGGUGGGCAUAUCAUCAGUUACUUGAUAGAAAAGUCCCGCGUCGUCUAUCAAAACCAGGGUGAGCGGAAUUUCCACAUCUUCUACCAGCUGCUCGCGGGUGGUGAAGCGGAGCGCCUUGCUUAUCUGGGACUUGAGCGAGACCCCCAGCUGUAUAAAUACCUCUCACAGGGUCAUUGUGCCAAAGAUUCGUCCAUUAAUGACAAAAACGACUGGAAAACUGUCUCCAGUGCCUUCUCUGUCAUUGAUUUCACAGAAGCUGACCUUGAGAACCUCUUCGGGAUUAUUGCCAGUGUCCUCCACCUGGGGAACAUUUGUUUCCAAGAAGAUGACCAAGGCUGUGCCGCCGUCCCUGACACCCACGAGAUCAAAUGGAUCGCCAAGCUCCUAGGGGUCUACCCGUCGGUUCUCCUGGAAGCUCUCACCCACAGGAAGAUUGAGGCAAAAACAGAGGAGGUCAUAUGCCCGCUGACACUCGAGCUCUCUGUGUAUGCCAGAGAUGCGAUGGCUAAGGCUGUCUACGGAAGGACGUUCACGUGGCUUGUCAACAAAAUCAACUCCUCCCUAGUGAACAAGGAUUUCACCCAAAAAACUGUGAUUGGAUUGCUGGAUAUCUAUGGGUUUGAAGUCUUCGACAAGAAUGGCUUUGAGCAGUUCUGCAUAAAUUACUGCAAUGAGAAACUCCAGCAGCUGCUAAUAGAGAGGACUCUGAAAGCAGAGCAGGCGGAGUACGAAUCGGAAGGCAUCGAGUGGGAGCCAAUUCAGUACUUCAACAACAAGAUCAUCUGUGACUUGGUAGAAGAGAGACACAAGGGAAUUAUAUCCAUUCUGGAUGAAGAAUGUAUCCGCCCUGGCCCUGCUACAGACUUGAGUUUCCUGGAGAAACUAGAAGAGAAAGUGGGCCAGCACGCACACUUCCAGACGCGCAAGCUGGCUGGUCCAAAGGGCCGAAAGAGGAUUGGCUGGAUGGAGUUCCGACUCUUCCACUAUGCCGGGGAGGUCACCUACUGCACCAAGGGAUUCUUGGAAAAAAACAAUGACCUUCUUUACAGACAUCUGAAAGAAGUUCUGUGCCGCUGCGAGAACAGCAUCCUGCGGGAGUGCUUCCUGGUGGCUGAGCUGGAGAGCCGGAGGCGGCCGCCCACGGUGGGGACUCAGUUUAAGAACAGUCUGAGCAGCCUCCUGGAAAUUCUCAUCUCCAAGGAGCCUUCCUACAUCCGCUGCAUCAAGCCCAACGAGAGGAAAGAACCCAGCAAGUUCGAUGACUUCGUGGUAAGGCAUCAGAUCAAGUACCUGGGGCUGAUGGAGCACCUGCGGGUGAGGCGGGCCGGCUUUGCGUACCGGCGGAAAUACGAGCACUUCCUGCAAAGGUACAAGUCCUUGUGCCCAGACACUUGGCCACACUGGCACGGGCCUCCAGGAGAGGGUGUGGAACGGCUGAUCAAGUACAUCGGCUACAAGCCCGAGGAGUACAAAUUAGGGAAAACCAAAAUAUUCAUUCGCUUCCCCAGAACUCUGUUUGCUACUGAAGAUGCCUUCGAAUUUAGUAAACAUCAAUUAGUUGCAAGAAUCCAAGCCACAUACAAAGGCUGCCUAGGAAGGAGAGAAUACGUGAAGAGAAGAGAAGCAGCCACCAAACUGGAAGCUCACUGGCGUGGAGCCCUAGCUCGAAAGCAAGUCAAAAGGAGAAAGUGGGCUGUACAGAUAAUAAGAAGGUUCAUCAACGGAUUCAUCAAUCGCAACAAACCCCUUUCUCCUGACAAUGAGGAGUUUCUAGUGUUCGUGCGCAAAAAUUACAUCUUGAAUCUUCGGUAUCAUGUCCCGAAGAAUGUACUGGACAAGAGCUGGCUGAAGCCACCUGGCAUCUUGGAAACUGCUUCAGACCUGCUCAGGAGAAUGUGCACAAGGAACCUGGUUCGGAAGUACUGCUGCGGGGUCACAGCCGAGCGGAAAGCCAUGAUGCAGCAGAAGGUGGUUACAAGUGACAUAUUCAGGGGAAAGAAAGAAGGCUAUGCAGAAAGUUUAAAUGAACCCUUUGUGAACACUCGGAUAGACGAAGGAGACAUUAAUCCCAAAGUGCUUCAACUAAUGAGCAAUGAGAAAAUCCAGUAUGGUGCUCCGGUCAUCAAGUAUGACAGGAAAGGCUUCAAGGCACGACAGCGGCAGCUCAUCCUCACUCAGAAAGCAGCUUACGUGGUGGAACUUGCCAAAAUCAAGCAGAAGAUAGAGUACUCAGCCCUCAAAGGUGUCUCCACUAGCAAUCUGAGUGACGGGAUCUUAGUCAUUCAUGUUUCACCAGAGAACAACAAGCAAAAGGGGGAUGCCAUCCUCUUGUGUGAACAUGUAUUUGAGGUCGUUACUAAGCUCACCAUGCUGGUUAACAAAGAGAACUUUGUAAAUGUCGUUCAAGGAAGUUUACAGUUUUAUAUUAGUCCUGGGAAAGAAGGAACAAUAGUUUUUGAUACUGGACCAGAAGAACAAAUCUAUAAAGAUAAAAAUGGACAGUUAACAGUGGUGUCGGUGCGGCGGAAGUCCUGAUGGCAGACAACACCUGAUUUCUACCAACACUGUUUUUGCUACAACUGAAGAAAGCACUGGGGAAGCAGGAAUCUGACCCAGUUAGCUAUGUCUGCAAGACAAAAUGCCGGUGACUCCUGGGAAGGCAUCACAUCUGAAGACACUGAGUAUCAUGUUCUGCCAAAGCCUGACCCCAGCUUCUCAGUGCAGCUGGCACUGUAUUAAAAUGUCUUCUGGGAGCUGAACUCGAAGUCGUCUAAUGGGGUCCUCUUAAACAUCCCAAAAAGGAUCUACACUGGACGGGCACUUCAACAUGGCACUGUUGGGUAUGCAGCAGACAGUCUACCUCUGUCAAGCUGCCCCUAGGACACAGUGAAAUGUUACAUAUGAUCUGACAGGAAGUAAAUGAACCCUCUCAUAAAGCUGCAAAAUUUGAAUGCUUCUUUAAAUAAAUGGAACUUACAAGCUUUAAGGAA